AUGUUUGCAUGGGCUUCUAGUUUAGUAACAUACAAAAUUAAAAAGAUAAUUGAAAAGGGAGAGAAUGACGAUGAAGAUCUUCAGUCUUGGGACAUGAUGAUGAGUUUCAUCAUGGCAGGAAGGGAUGCAGUUUAUUCUCGAGACAUGGCGAAAGAACCGCAGCCAAAAGACACUGAAAAGUACGAAGAAAGAAAGCCCAGGCUGUUAAAAAAAUUGCAAGGAAACAGCGAAUGA